AUGUUGAGUGGACAAAGAGUGAGCCAAGAGUGGACAAAGAGUGAGCCAAGAGUGGACAAAGAGUGGACAAAGAGUGAACAAAGAGUGGACCAAGAGUGGACAAAGAGUGGACCAAGAGUGGACAAAGAGUGGACCAAGAGUGUUCAAAGAGUGAGCCAAGAGUGGACAAAGAGUGAGCCAAGAGUGGACAACGAGUGGACCAAGAGUGGACAAAGAGUGGACAAAGAGUGGACCAAGAGUGGACCAAGAGUGGACAAAGAGUGGACAAAGAGUGAACAAAGAGUGGACAAAGGGAGUGAGCCAGGAGUGAGCCAAGAGUGGACCAAGAGUGAGCCAGGAGUGAGCCAGGAAUGGACCAAGAGUGAACAAAGAGUGAGCCAGGAGCGGAUCAAGAGUGAACAAAGAGUGAGCCAGGAGCGGAUCAAGAGUGAACAAAGAGUGAGCCAGGAGUGA